UUCCUCUUUUUCCAACUUUUGCUUUCUCUUCCCUCCGAAUUUUCUCUCUCUUUCUCUCUCAUUUUUUGAUCUCUGACCUAAUUGUCUCUGUUCUUUCUCUUCCCUUCUCAUCAACAUCACCGAGAACAGCCACAGCCCAGAGAACAUCCCUCUAAAUUUAGCGGCUAUUUCUCAUCUUCUUCUGCUUCCGUCACCUGGAUCUGUCUCUCUGUACACUCAUUGUUUGACAAAAUAACACUGGGAAGUUUUGUCAUAGCUCAGCUGACUCUAUAGCUACAGGAUAAUAAGAUUAAGAUCACCCAGAGAGGAUUAUUCAAGUCUUUUCAUUGCUUCUCUCGAUCCGCAAAAUUCAACAUGACUCCAGUUAAUUUGGCAGGCCAGUUUGGUGACACCACAUACACUAAGGUCUUUGUUGGAGGCUUGGCCUGGGAGACUCAAAAGGAGACCAUGAAGAAGUAUUUUGAGCAGUUUGGUGAGAUCUUGGAGGCUGUUGUCAUCACUGACAAAGCUACUGGAAGAUCUAAAGGCUAUGGAUUUGUUACAUUUCGCGAACCAGAAGCUGCCAUGAGAGCUUGUGUAGAUGCUGCUCCCGUAAUCGACGGUAGGAGAGCUAACUGCAACCUUGCUUCUUUGGGUGUCCAGAGAUCUAAGCCUUCAACCCCAAAGCAUGGAGGAGGAGGAGGGAGGAACUUCAGAGUGAUGGGUUCUUUCCAGACAGGAUUUGGAGGAGGAGUUGGAUCAGCUUUUCCUUCAGCAGCAACCUUCCCUCAUUAUGCUAUCCAGCAAGGGAUACCUUAUAAUGUUUAUGGGUACUCUCCUUACUCGCCGGAUUACACUUACCCUACGGUUUGUACAUUUUUUACUUUCACUUUUACUUAG